ACAAUUAUACAAUUAUUCUUUCAAUUGCUGACAUAAUCUCUAGUUUUUGAACAAUUGUGUUAUCACCCGAAAAUGACUGUAUGUUCCGGAAUGUUUCCUUGCAUAAUCCAGAAUGCAGAGGCGUACUCAGAACACUUUCAAGGUCGCAAUAAACCUAUUUUUGACAGAUGUCAUUUAUAAUAUUUGUGUAGCGUUUAAUUAUGCAAGCAAUUUAGAUUUAUUGUUAUUUAUGAGCUGAAAUGAUUGUGAAUGUAACGUGAAACGCAACAAUACAGUGCUCCAUUUAAGGUUACAAUAUGUGAAUUCAACGCACAAAGGGGGAAUCUACCGCAUUCAACAUUGUUUAUUUGAACAAGAAAGAAAAGUUUAUGUUGGUGCUUGAACCAUGCCUGCUCCUCCACUUCCAACAGUCGUCGAGCCUGACGCAGCAGAAUGUCGCAGUGUCACAGACAGUGUCGGCUCGCAUUCCGACAUAUCUGGGCACACACUCCAAGCAGCGAGUUCCAUCAUGGGACGGCCCCAUAUGGACGUGGUUUGUGUGAUUGAUAUUUGCCAAUCCCAGAAUUUGGCCCAUCGGAAGAAGGCCCUGGAAGAGGUCAACCAGGCCUGCCUCCAGGUGGGCGCCACGCUGAACCAUAUCCAGUUUGAAAAAUUAGAUUUUGGGGAAACCAACGUAGUGAGCAGUUUUUACAACGCUGAUAUGGUCAUUGUUGAUUUUUCCUUACCGACGCAAAUCAUUACACUGUCAUAUCAUCUAGGAGUCAGGGAACGCUUUAACAUGAAAUAUAACAUUUUAAUUUACAAUGAUACUGAUACCGAAGCCACCGAACGCCUAAAAUGCUCCACUCAAUACCCUUGCAUUUCUUACAUACUAACAGAGGACGGUAUGUGUGUCACAACCGGGCGAUUAAACGAUGGCGGUGAGCUUUUGAAUCAGCGUUUGAAACGAUCACUGCAAGACGUUGAAAUACAAAGCAAGGCCCAUAUGAAAGAAAAAUUCUUGGCCGACUUGAAGAAAUUAAAAGAACAAAAAAGUGGUGAAGAACUUCAGAAAUCUCUAAACAACAUUAGAAGGCGUUUAGAUGAUCCGAAUGUCUUGUCCGGUGAUGUUGUCUUAAACAUGUUAUUUUGUUUUCGUGAUAUUCAAGACUAUGACUCCAUGGUUCAACUUGUUGAUGAUUUAAGGACACUUCCCGCAGCUAGGAAAUACCUAAAUUCGUAUAUUUUGUACCUUUAUGCUUUUGCCUUAAACAGGCGGAAACAAGACGGUGAUCGAGAGAAAGCACUUAAUGUUUGUAUUGAAGCUUUAGAAAAAAGAGAAAAUCAUUUCCCGGACAUGAUUUGUUUGUGUGGCAGAAUUUAUAAAGACAAAUUUACAGAAUCAGAUUAUAAAGACGAGAAAAGUCUACGCGAAGCGAUUUAUUGGUACAGGAAGGGGUUCGAAGUGCAACCAAAUGAAUACGCAGGCAUUAAUUUGGCCACGCUGCUGGUGAUAGGUGGCGCCGACAUUACCGGCAACGAAGAGCUCCAACGUAUCGGCAUGGUCCUCAACAACCUAAUAGGCAAAAAAGGCAGUUUAUCCUCCCUACAAGACUAUUGGGACGUGGCCACAUUUUUCGAAAUAUCCGUUUUAUUUCAACACUAUUCAAACGCACUCCAAGCUGCUGAAUGCAUGUUCAAGUUAAAACCACCAGACUGGUACUUAAAAUCAACAGUUGGCAACAUACAACUGAUCGAUAGAUUUCGUAAAAAACGUGACGAGGAAGGUUCACCAGAGGAGAAAAUUUUCCAUUUUUGGAUGGAAUUUUUUCUCGAAGCUACGAAACCGCCCGAUAAAGAUAGCUUCCGAUUUCCGGCACUUAUCCUCGAACCUAGUAAAGAGUCUAUGCCCAGUUACGUAUGCGUUAAUCUGGAUGCCGAACCACAAACUUUACAAGUAACGAACUUGUGUAUUAAAAGUUUGAAAAAUAACUGCACCCAAAUCCACAACUGGGAAUUCACAGCAAAUAAUAUACGAAGUGUUAGUUUUUACAAACGUGAUGAACGUUGUCUCGUUCUCUACGUACAUCACAACUCCGAUGACUUCCAAAUUUUCUUCCCGUCUGAAAGCUGUCGGCAGUGUUUCUACGAACUGAUUUUGGAAUUAACUGAUCAUCAGGAAGGUUUAGUUGAGUCGGAACCACCACGAGACAUACGAUACGAAUACGAGAGGGAUGAACAAGGCCGACGGAUAGUCUUAGGAAAGGGCACCUAUGGGUGCGUGUACGCCGCGCGAGACUUGAACACGCAAGUGCGCAUCGCCGUUAAAGAAGUACCUGAAAAGAAUCUCGGAGCGGUCCAGCCUUUACACGAAGAAAUUCGCUUGCAUUCGCAGUUAAGACACCGAAACAUAGUACAAUAUUUAGGAUCGUUAUCCGAAGACAAUUAUUUCAAAAUUUUCAUGGAACAAGUACCUGGAGGAUCACUCAGUGCCUUAUUGCGCCUCAAAUGGGGCCCGUUAAAAUCGAACGAACACACCAUGGCGUACUACACACGCCAGAUAUUAGAAGGACUCAAAUAUCUCCAUGACCAAAAAAUCGUUCAUCGCGAUAUCAAAGGCGACAACGUCCUGGUUAAUACUUACAGUGGCGUUGUGAAGAUCUCCGACUUUGGGACUUCGAAGCGAUUGGCGGGGCUGUGCCCCAGUACGGAAACUUUCACAGGGACUCUUCAAUACAUGGCGCCUGAAGUGAUUGAUAAGGGACAGAGAGGUUACGGGGCUCCGGCUGAUAUAUGGUCCUUGGGGUGUACCGUGGUUGAAAUGGCAACUGGAAAGCCCCCUUUUAUUGAAUUAGGGUCGCCACAAGCAGCUGUUUUUAAAGUUGGUUAUUAUAAAGACCAUCCACAAGUGCCCGAGGAGCUGUCCGAUAGGGCAAAACAUUUUAUUUUGAGGUGCUUUGAGCCCGACCCUGAUAAGAGGGCUUCGGCGGCUCAGCUGCUGGAAGAUCCUUUUAUUGGAGUGGACAGGAAAAAAAGCGUCCGUUUAAAUACGGAAUUCAACCGCAGCGUUUCUGUCCCUGUGGACAAAAUGCUUCCGAGACUUCCGGGCUGCAGUGCGCCAAAUCAGACGCCAACAACACCGGAAUCCGACUCCCAAAGCAGAGGCUCUCUCCUGCCGCCGAUUCAAAUGCCUACAUCACUUACAUUCAACAGUUUAGCAUCGACACCGUCACUUGAAAUCGAAUCAUGUCAGGACGAUACUGAAAGGAGAAAUUCAACGGGAACUCUCCUGUCUCCCGAAGUUGAUGCUAGCACCGAAACGGACGGUUUCUAUCUGUUAAAAAAAGACUCACAAAGACGCACAACCCUUGCCAAAGUAUUAGCACAAGAUGGUGCAAAAGUCUGCGAAGUGUGGAUGCACAAAAUCAGAGACAAAUACAUGGGAGAAACAGUUCUCACGCAAAAACAUCUUGCCAGGUUGAUGGACGGUUUGAAGGACUAUUUAACCGAGCAAUCAUUAACCGUAGUCGAGAGUGCCGUCAGACUACUUAAGGAAGAACUCGAUUUUGAUUCAACGGCGAUAAAUCAACUGCAGUUUGCUAUUUAUUUAUAUCAGGAAUCCGUCAACGAAGUGCUCCGUUUGCACCCAAUUAAACCGCACUGGAUGUUCGCCCUCGAUAAUUUAGUGCGGUCAGGUGUCCAAGCCGCCAUCACCGUCCUAUCACCAGAAUUGGGCGAAAAUUUGGCCAAUCACAGUUCGCCAAGUACAGUAAAUUCGGCCAAGUCCACCAAAAGCUCCGAAAGUUUCGAUUUUCGAGAUCAGUUGGUGCAUUUGCGGGCUGAAAAUGCCAAGUUGCAACAGGAGUUGGUCGAAUCACAGAAACAGUAUCAAGCUUUGGUGAAGCAGUUGAUUGAAAGUCUUCACGAAUGUCAGUCGGAAGCGGUUCGAGAGUUGUGUUCGCGACGUGACAAUCAGCUCAAAGACGAGUUUGAAGAAGACCCAAGACUGGCAAGUUGGUUGCAAGGCCUUGGAGUUAAUGAAUUUGGAAGAAAGAAGAUUUUAGCAGAAGGCUACACUCUAAACGAGGUGUUGUAUAACAUUGGAAGGGAAGAACUGCAAAGAAUUGGGCUUCGAGGGGCCGUGGAAUUUCGCAUUUGGAGGGCCAUAGAACAACACAGGCAAAGUCCAAAUGUGUAUUUAUGCAAUGGAGUAACAGACGACACCAGUACUGUUUAGCCAACACCAUUACCAGACUGUGAUUUUUUGUUUUCAUUUUUUAGAAUCUUGUUUUAUUUCAAGUGCAAUGAUAUUUAUUGUUUGAACGGAAUAUUUAUUUCGGUUUUGUUCACUAAUUAGUACAAAUCGAUUUUGUUUUUAAAUCAAAUUUUAUUUUCGAUUGGUAGUUGCAAGGUUUAACUCGAUUCUUUUAUAUUAAAAGUUUAAUCCGUGUAUUUACUUGGUAAAGUUUCAGCCUAACUCUACUAAUCCAAGUUGAAGUGCCUUUUACUAAUGCAUCACAUCGUAGUUCAACAUUUUUAGUAUUAAUAUUUUAUUUCCGAAAUAGUGUUAAUUUUAAAUCGCCAUGAAGAGUCAUGUACUAUUUUUGCUGUUAAAGUUUACACCACAAUAAAUGACUAAUAAAAA